AUGGAAGACGGUCCCUCCCUUCUGUCCUGGGAGCCGGAACCAGAGGGAGAAGCGCAGAUCGGUGGGUUUCCCGCUAGGACCGAGGAGCAGCCGGGAGGCGGCACUGCGGGGAGCGAUCGCUGGGGUCCGUCCCGGCAGCAGGAAGUGACUCGCAGCCGCUUGGAGGAAGUGGGAUUGCGGCUGGGGCAGCAGAUGCUGAGUGGGGGAUUCUUGUUGUUUCAGAUGCCGGUGACCUUCGAGGAGGUGGCUGUGUAUUUCACCCAGGGGCAGGGGGCUCUGCUGGACCCCGCUCAGAGAGCCCUCUACAGGGACGUCAUGCAGGAGAACUACGAGACAGUGACCUCGCUGGGAUUCUCCCUUCCCAAACCUGACCUGAUCACCUGGCUGGAACAAGGGGAAGAGCCGUGGGUGCCCGAUCUACAGGCCUGCGAGGAAAGAGAGAUCUCAAGAGGUGCCCACACAGGUAACGAGCCAGUGAGUGAGAAAAAGGAGAGGAAUCAACAACAGGAAGUUCCUGGGCACGGAGAACCACAGGAGACCUUUGUGGGAAGAGCUGCAGGGAAUUUUUCCCAGUGGUUGGAAUAGGGAGAAGCCUGGGGAAAUUGGCAGAGGUCAGAGAGGCUGCUGAGAAACUACUCAAGGGAGCAAAUGGAUGAAUUUAUUAUCUGUGGGGAAGGAUACAGGGAUCCCACAGCCCAGCAGACAACCCCUAGGAAAGACAAACACCAUGAAUGCCUUGGUUAUGGAAAAGGAUUCGUUCUGGGACCACAGUUUGUUUCACCUCAGACAAUUCAUACUGGAGAGAAAUCACUUCAGUGCUUGGACCAUGGAAGAAGCCACAUGGGACAGAAACCCUAUCAAUGCCUUAACGGCAGGAACUCUUUGAAUUGGAAGUCAGCACUGACUACACAUCAGAUAAGCCACAUAGGAGAGAAACCCCAUAAGUGCUUGGCCUGUGGGAAAAGUUUCAUACAUAGGU